AAGCGACACAAUUGUUUAAAGAAGGAGUUGGAACUUUGGACUUAGUUGAAGAGGGUGGGACUACGGGCGGAGCCAUUUUUUCCCUCACAUUUUGGAAGCAGCCAGUAGAGGGCGACAGCUGCACAGGCGUCAACACGUCAUGUGUUAGAAGAAGAAGGAGUGACGUCAGCGCGUUUGAGCAUGCCUACUUCGCUCCAACAUAAACAAAGACAGGACGCAGCACAAGAAAAACUGCUCUCUCCGUUUAUUUUAUAUGCUAAUAUUAUAAAGACAUUUGGGAGCGACUUAUUCCUGGAGCAAUGGAAAACGCGUUACUGAUGCGAGUGAGUGUAUUUACUGACCAGGGAGGGAGGAAAUACAUGGAAGAUGUGACCGAGAUUAUAGUGGAGCCAGAGCCGGGAGAAGAUGAGCCGACGUCGGGUGAGCAGGAGGAGACAGGCGGUGGAGACUGUGCGGUCAACUCUCCGGAGGAAAAAAUACACAAGCUCCAUAACGGUGAAGUCACCGGCUCCCCCGAACUACCAGGUUUAACCUUUGACCCAGAGCCAAAAGCAGACGAAAGUUCAUCGGCGAAUCCGUGUUCACCGGGAGGUCAGAGCACACCGGGAGACCUGCAGACAGCCGCCAGCCGUUCCCGCCGUUCCGUCGCGUUCUUCGCAGUGUUUGACGGUCACGGGGGUCGCGAGGCUGCGCAGUUUGCGCAAGACUAUUUGUGGGAGUUCAUGAAGAAGCAGCGCGGCUUCUGGUCCAAUUGUGACCGGGAAGUAUGCGCCGCUAUACGUAAAGGAUUUGUGGCGUGUCACCACGCGAUGUGGAAGAAGCUGCCCGAAUGGCCAAAGACUCUCACAGGCCUUCCAAGCACAUCAGGCACCACAGCCAGUGUUGUGGUUAUCAGAGGGAACCGCAUGUAUGUGGCCCACGUUGGGGACUCUGCAGUAGUUCUAGGGAUCCAGGAUGAUCCCACAGUUCCAUUCAUCAGAGCUGUGGAAGUUACACAAGACCACAAACCCGAACUCCCCAGAGAGAGGGAGCGUAUUGAAGGUUUAGGAGGGAGUGUCAUCAAGAAAUCUGGAGUGAAUCGUGUGGUCUGGAAGAGGCCAAGACUGAGUCACAACGGCCCAGUGCGUCGCAGCACUGUCAUCGACCAGAUACCAUUCUUGGCAGUAGCCAGGGCACUAGGUGAUCUGUGGAGCUACGACUUCUACAGUGGCGAGUUUGUUGUUUCUCCUGAGCCAGACACCUGUGUGGUGACCCUGGACCCCAAAAAACAUCGCUACAUCAUCCUCGGCAGUGACGGUCUGUGGAACAUGGUGCCACCUCAGGAGGCCGUCUCCAUGUGUCAGAACAACAGCGAAGUGACAGUGAGUGCACCUAUUGGUGUAUCAAGUGCCAGACAGCUCGUCAGCCAUGCUCUUCUACGGUGGCGCCAGCGGAUGUUGCGUGCCGAUAACACCAGUGCCAUUGUAAUAGCCCUGCAGGAGUCGGGCACAUCGCAGGACACGCUGCACCACGAGGAGGUGCUUCUCGACCUGUCCAAGGUAUCCCAGUGUCCUCCCACCUCCUUAUCCCGUGCUGACACUCCUCUACUCCAGCGGCCUCCAGAGGAAGACCCUCCCUCUGACAUGUGUGAUUUCCUCCCUGCCCUGGAGCGUCGAGAUGGCUUAUCAGGAAGCAGCAGCCUGUACCACAUGAAUUUGUCUGACCCGUUCGCUCUGACUCCACUGUGUCCGAACAGUAGCGCUGAGCUGCCCAGUCAGUCCAGUCCCAGUGACAGGACAGCUGGCAGAAGGACACCCAGCAACAAAAGAACUAAUGAUGGAUCAUCAUCAUCAUCAUCAUCGUCGUCAUCAGGCCACUCGGCCAAGAAAAGCCGGCGCAGGUCUGUAGACAGGCCACCACUGGUGCAGCACAACGCAGAGAAGAAACAGAAGGAGUCCACUAACGGCUCCCCCAUCCUCCAACAGCAUAACAAGACAACUGUGUGUGUGUACUGAACAGGGUUGCAGUACUCACAUCCAGGACUCUGACAUUUUUUCAGGCCUUGGAGUUGAGCAUUUGGACUUGACAGAACCGAGAACCUGAACUUUUAUUUGAAAUCGGAAAUUGAGACAAAUGUGACCUCAGCUCUCUGACCCAUCACCCUCUGAGCAGGGCCACUUGUUCUGGGGCGAACACUCCAGUCAUGUGGUACCAACUUAUGGCCACGCACGCACUUUGCAGUUGCUUAUGACGGAGCACUGCUACCUUGAUCACAGUUAGGUUUAUUUCUGAUUUACACAUGUAAAGUUCAGGCUACAGCAUAUUAAGCCAACUCUGGAGUUGAAAAACAUUCUGGAGGCACCCAUGUGUAUUUCCUUUUGAGUAAUUGACCAAUUAGUAGUUUGAUCAGAAAAUAAUCUAUGAACUUGGAUCAGAUAAAAAAAAAAAACCUACAUAUAGUAUGUACUAUAAAAAUAUCACAAUGAUUUUAAUUGAUGAAUUUAGAAUCUUCACAGACCUUCUGGCUGUGCUGGGACCCCCCACCCCCCAUGGUUCCAAAAGAGGUACCCAAUCACUUCCCUAAAGACUGACGAAAUAUCAGAAAAGCCUCUUGUGUGAGCAUUUUUAGUUGAAGCUGUAUUUGUUUGUUUGGUUGUAUAACUUCAGUUUUACUUCUCUCGUGGUGAGUCGUGAAGCUAACAGCCAUUCAGAGUGAUUCCUCUUUCAUUUACACCUUUGCUGCUAAUUCCCAGCCUUUAAACAGACCUGGAACCAGUUUGACUUUGACUCAGAUUCAAACAGUGAAGACUCUUUUAAAGCACUGCUACUAAAUCACACACACACACACACCAGGGUUCCCACGAGCCCUUGAAAUCCUUGAACGUUUGUGAAUUUUAAAAAGGAAUUUAGAAAGUGCCCUAAAUAAACAUGGAUCCUUGAACGUGCUUGAAUUUUGUGCAAGAAAGAAGUUAAGUUGAUAAUUAGGUCUCCCUGCAUUGCUUGAUGUGUGUAGACUAGGCCUACACAGAACAAACGUUAGAACUUAUAUAGUUCUAAUUGUUGUUUUUGGACACUGUCCACUGUCUCUCUCUGUUCCAUGCAGAACAAUGAGCGAGUAAGAGCGGGUGAAUCGGCUCUUAUUAGUUGCCCUUCCAUCUUAAGCUGUGCCAGCACAUUUGGUCCUUAAAUUUAAGGGACUUGGUCUUGGAAAGUCCUUGAAUUUUAUGUCAAUCAGAGUGUGGGAACCCUGACAUACACACACACACACACACAGCUAGCUGCCUCCCACUGUCAUCCCUGUGUCCGUGGCAUCCACUUGUGUUUGCAGUUGUCCUGCACAUUCUGGCAACUCAAAACAAUCUUAUAAAAAGUCUGGUCCUCUCGCUCAGCACCAGUACAGUACAGUACAGUACAGUGCAUCUUGUGUCAGUGUUUUAAAGAAAAUAAGUAAUCAUUCUGAAAGGCUUCACUUUUGUCUGCAAACACUUGUAUUUACUGGUGUAAAUAUUACACAUUUUACAGUAGUGUCUUAAGAAGUAGGAAACAGUGUUCAUUUAAAACAAAUAUAUAUAUUUUUAUACAUUAUUAUAUUGUAUUAUAAUAAUAAUAAUAACACAUGGUAUUUCCUUUUACAUCCACCUCAGCUCUAGUGUUCUCUCUAGUUCCAAAUAGCAGUGUGUACACCCUGUAUUUUUAUUCUUCUCAUUUUAUUUAAUCACUGGAGAUUUGUCUUGAAUAUGAAGGUGCUGCUAAAGUCACAAAUCAGUAAGCUAUUGCAUUGUAUAUGAUGGGUGAGUAUAUGUAGUGGGUGUUGUUUUUGUUUUUUUAUAUAUUUGACAUGACAACAUCUACCCUGGUGAAGUUGUGUUUUUAGGUUUUGUAUCUUAAUGCCUUAAUCCCGCAAACGGUCAUGUUACAUUGUUGUGAUAUUCUUUUCUCUGUGUUUCCAUGAAUGCCUUUCAGCAGUGCUCAAGCUUUGGCAGGAGUUGGUGUGUCUGUUUUUAUCAGUAUGCAUUUUUUCUCUCCUUUCCGCUUGCUAACAACUUCCCUUGGUUCAGAAGGACCAAAAAAAAUAUUGUUGUUUGCAAUCAAUGUUUGUGAUUGGUUAGCGCUGCCUGACUUCCAUUGUGGCUGCACAACAUCACGUCUUACAUGUAUUGCAAUAAGAAAAAUGCUCUGUCACAAGCAUGUUGAACCCCACACAUGUGACUGUUUCAUCACCGUCGUAUCCUGCCACCUUAUUUUAUUUUGUUUGCACCAAGGUUACUUGGUUUUUAUAGUGUUCUCCGUAUACAAGCCAUUGUUCCUUCCACUCUGCAGCGAUACUCUUACUGAUGUAUGCACAAGGGUCAUUUGUGAAUAAAUAACAUACUGCGUUGACUUUCUGAGGGAAUAUUUUUGCACUACUAUAGUGACGUAAUGUCUUUGCGAAGGGACUUUUUUCAUUUUCAAGACGACGUGGAAAGAAUCAAAUGUCAUGACUGGAGUUAUAAAUGAAAGCAUUGUAAAUGGAAAAUGUUUCAGAGUGAUUUAAUUUAAUUUAAGAAGAAGGGUGUUCUGAUUUGAAUGAACACUACAGGAGAAUUACACAGAUGGAACCGAUGUCUAAAUCCUUGUAAAACCUUGUUUUAUGAUAAUGUAUUUUCAUGGAGCCAAGUAUGAUUUUAACUAGAAUUUGUAACAUGGAUUUUGAAUCAUUCAAAAUAUUGUAAAUUAUCGAUUAAAAUGUCAAGUAAUGAU